AUGAGUGACAAGCAAAAUGUUGCAAAACAGACCCUACUGCCAGCUCCCGUUCCAGACCCGGAAUCCUCUCCAGAGCAGAAAGACACUAAAGCUCUUGAUGAUUUGUGGAAAGAAGCUGUGAACAAGGCACAGAAGGAAAAUGGUAUCAACAUUGCGGCCAUUUCAGAAAGCGAGCUCGAUAAUCUCCAGCAACCAGAUCGACGUCUCCAGAAAGCUUCGGAGCUCUUUGCAAAGUCGCGGCAUCCCGAGGAUCGGAAAACCAAGGUGAUUCAAGCUGUAUCUGGAUGUUUGGACUGGACAUAUUCGGGUGUAUCAUUCUUCAAAGAUCAUGUAUCCGGAACUUAUGCCGCUCCUGCUCAGAUCGUAGCCGGUUCAGUCUUAUAUAUGAUACAGGCCGCGAGAAACGUGAGUGAAGACUUCGACUUGAUCGAGUCGACCUUCGUUGAACUUCACAAUGCUCUGCUCGAUAUCGGAGAUCUCAAAGCACGAAAGUUUCGUGAAUCGAAUUUUCUCAACAGAUUGAUGGAUAUUUUCAUUGCUAUGCUUGACUUCUGUUUAUUCAGUGGCAAGCUAUUCAAUGAGUAUCGUAGGAGACGACUUUACAUGCGUGCUCUUCUACAUGGCAGAAACAAAAAAAUCAUGGCCAGAUGCGAAAAGGUCAAAACGACCAUACUGGUCUUUCGCGCUACAAUCCCAUUCCAAAUCCUCGACGCGGUGAAAGGGUUGGAUACUAAGAUUGAAGAUCUUCCGGCCAAUGUUCUCGACUUGUUGCAUGAGAAAAUCAAACCUUCUGAUUUGCAAGCGCUUUGGGGCAAGUCGACGUCACUGGACAAGAUUACAAAGACGUUCAAGGAUAACAAGGAUCUGGACCCUGAUAUCAUAGUUCCGAUCCAGAUGCAUAUGGAUUUCUUGAAAGCGCACAUUGUUCCUGGUACAUUCUCUUGGAUAGAAGAUGAACCAGUGUACAAAUCUUGGAUGAGUGGGCACAAGACCCCCGUCAUCUAUGUUUCUGGCACAACUGGGACAGGAAAGACGUUCUUCUCCUACCGCUGUUUUGCUUCUCUCCAAGAAAAGGCCAAGAAGGAUAGAUUAGAGGGAGGCAAGAAUAAUCCACGACAAACGACCAUAGUGACUUACUUUCCCUUUGAGCCUGGAAGACGAGACUCGCAGUCGUUUCGAAAUGUAUUGGCUUAUAUCCUGAUACAAAUCGCGGAUAGUGAUAGUAAGCUAGGUGACUCAAUUGCAAAAGAUCUCGCCGCAUCCAAAAUUGCAAAGGAGGAGAAUAACGAGAAGAAACUCAACUUCAUGUGGGAGAAACUUUUGGUCAAGAAGUUCGAGAAGACGCCAGAUACAUCUCGGGUUGUCUAUAUCAUUCUAGAUGGCGUGGAAUUAAUGGACAAUGCAGAUCGCGAAGCAAUGCUGCGUCUCUUCCAGACCUUGAACUCCGACAAGGACGGGGUCCGGAUUCUGAUGACUGGAUCUCCCGACGAAGAUAUCUAUGGUCCAAUUUCCAAGUAUACAGAUUGCCCAAAGAUUGAUCUAUUUGAGAAAACACGGUCUAGCAAUGAUCUUGCGAAACUCAUUGACUGGCAUUUCAACGGUUCAGAGGUCCUGAAAAGCUUCAAUGAUUCUAUAAAGGAAACCAUCAAAGGCAGGCUUCUAGAUAGUCCCGAAAGAGUUAUGUCAUCGGUGGAUCUUACGCUGACAAUGCUCGAACAAUGUGAUAGCGAUAAAUCUGCCUUGAUAAAACUAGAACAUGUGAAAGGUCAGCAUGGUUUGUAUACUGCCAUGAUCGACACUGUUUGUGCAAGACGGAGCCCAAGGGAUCGUGAAAUCGUCGAGAAGAUAUUUGCUCUAUGUACAUUUGCCAAGCAACCUUUCAAGGUAUAUGAGCUUGAGCAACUUCUCGAACAAGAGACAGCGAUAAGUAGCUUUGACAUUGGUGAUGAGAUUCAGGAAAGCACUGCUGUGCCUGAUAAAGAAACAGAAAAUGAAAAUGCGGACGCAAUUGCAGCGAAAUUAAGGGCCGAAAAGGACAAGCAAAAGCAGGUCCGCUUCCGCCAACCAGCAUUCAAAGAUUAUUUGGAGCAGUCAAGCAACAAUAUGAUCCGAGAUCCAAUUAGGGCGAAUGUGGACAUUUUCUUGAAACUUGUCGGCAUUCUUUGCGACCAGGUACCUCAAGGAGCAGCAAGUCGUGAAAGUCUUCAAGAAUACGCCGCGGAAUGGCUGAUUGACCACUUGAAUGAUAUCAGCGCCAAGGAUACCACCCCUCAGCAAGGGGCUCAGGUUGUUGAGGCCCUGAUGCGGAUUUUGUAUAAUGACAAUGACGUGUCUCGCGUGUUUGAAGAGAUUUCACGUCGGAAGAACGAGAAUCAAGAAGUUCAAUACGAUAUGGACUUUUAUUUCAUAUCUACGGAUACGGCACUAAGUAACCAAAACCUCGACCUAUUACUGUCAUGGGCUAGAAAGAUGAGCUUUCAUGAUGAAGAAAAGCUGUCAUCCAGAGCACAGGAAGGAAUUGAAAAAUUACUCAAAGAUCCACGGGAUGUGUUGGAACAUUUAGCUCGCGGUCACCUUGCGAGGUGGACAGAGAAAAUGACGUAUCGUGAAGCUAGAAUCUCCUACAACCUCAUUCAUCAAGCUUUAUGGCAGAAACCUACUGACAUCAAAAAGACUAGAAAAUUAAAUCCCGAACAUGUGGGUACACGUUUCUAUGAAUCUAGAGUGACUACUACCGCAGUUAAAGCAAUUAUUGAGUACGGCAAAAACGAAGUCUACAAGAAUCCCGUGGAAAUCGCUCGAUGUCGUAUUGCGGCAGCUUUGAUCCUUCAUCACGAUGGUCUCGACGAAACAAGGCAACUAAGCGUCGAACUGUAUGAGACUAACUUGGCCGAAUUAACAACUCUAGGUCCUGAGAAAUUUUAUUCCUACUUGGGAAUGGCGGAGUACCACCGGGCAUUGCUUGAAACUUCUUCAACCCCAGACGAAGAAGAAAAGAAGGCGACUUGGAGGAGGGUUUUGCGUUUCGCUGACAAGGCCCUAAUUGAAAGGAACGAAGAGAAAGGGGCUCUUGGCUCGGAGCUACGCAAUGAACGGUGUAUUCAAGCCUAUCUUCUCAAAUCACAAGCUCUGACACAGCUGGGAUUAGACGCCGAGGCUAUUGCAACCUGUGGAGAGGCGCUAGGCGAGGACUUAGAGUACACCGAUGAAAUAUUAGAGUUCCUGAAGAAUAUCGUCGACAUUCAUACCAAGAAGGGCGAGUGGACAAAAGUGAUUCAAGCAGUGCGCCGUCAACGACCAAAAAUCAGAUCCGAGUGGCUCUGGAACCGAUCUGAUAAUUUCACGGAUAAGAAAGACUCUUUAAGAAGAGCAGCAGUUGAAACGCGGCGCGUGGACUUUGCAAUUCAAAUUUUUGAAGAGGCCGUUGAGUACUGGCAAACACGGGACAUUGGUCACUCGGUAGCUACGCAAUUUGAACUGGCAAUGGUAUACCGAGCAGAUGCACGUGCUACGAAAAUGGCAGAGAUUGAGAUCGAUAAACUGAUAACGCGUCUUGUGGAAAAUCGCAUGAGCUUGUGGCUUGUUGAUCGUAUAUUUCCCGAAAUGAUUGACAUUCACUAUGAGAAUUUUAUGAUGGCAGAAUCGAAAGACGUAAAACGACAGAUAAUCACACAGAUGGAAAAGAUCAUUGACCGGUACGAGCAUAUGCAGAUAGUCGAAUCUUUGACUAUAGGUCGAGCACUCCUUGUGCUUGCGGAAAUGUGGCGCAAAUUUGACGGUGAACUGAAAGCCAAGCAGUAUGCUGAACGGGUCUUCACCCUUUGUGUCGCAGACUUGGAAGACUCCAUUGGUGCUAACGACGCAGCGGCUUUUCGACUUCUGGCCAAACUGCUCAUGUUUGCUAAUCUCGAAAUCGAUGCAAAGAUUGCUUUGUCUCUACAGUUCUCUUUUGUCAAUAUGAGCUACGAUGAUUCCUAUAGCAGGAAGGAAGACAUUGUUACAGAAAAGCCGCCGGAGUCAAACAGAAACGGAAAUUCUGAGCGAAGUGGGCAGGAACAGACUUUGCAGCAAUCAUCAGCACCCCAAGAUCAAAGUGGACAUGAAGAGUCAAAGUCUGUCACUCAACAAGAAGUGAAAGCGACCACCAACGGCCCUGCUAAUUCCGUACCUCCAACUGCUUUGGCACAGACUGAAGACAAAGAGAAUGCUACAUCAAAACAGACAGUUAAAACUAAUGAUGCAUCAACGUUUACCGAGGAACCGGCAACGAACGGCACCACCACUCAAGCACAGGAGACAGAAGACGCAUCUAAUAAAAGAGCGGCAGAAACAUUACCGUCUCCUGCUCCUAGUGAGGAUGCUCACGCUGUACCCACAACUGAAAUGGUCGAACCAAUGCCAGUGGAUUCAGCUGCUGGUCCAGAUGCGAAUACUCAUAACGGGUUAGCGGCAGCCUCGGAAUCACAAGCUGAGCCUGUGAAUGCUCCCGCAGAUGGAUCCGUGUAUCAAGAUCUGCUAGACACCGAAGAAAUAGUAAUUUCAUGCUCAGGCCCAUUGUCACACUCUUUCAAUAACACUGCCGAGUCCUCGUCAUACCCCCGCAAAAGACAUUCAACCGAGUACGAGCUACAAGAUCUAGCAUCGAGACAUACCAUAGUCGACGUACGCGACGAAGACUCUGAUCUCCCUACAAACGACGCCGAAGACCACGAAAACGCCGGGCUGCUUGAAGGAAGCUCCGAAUCAUCUCGCAGAAAACAGAUGAAGCGCAGGAGUCGUGAGAAAUCAUCCAAACGGGGGCCAGCUUCGAGCCUGACGAUAGAGACAGGACAGAACGGCCACGCAGAGGGCGAUAUGAACUCGCGACUGGAAAUGAGGAGGAAAGACCCCUCAGUCGACUCGCCUUCCUCUGCGCAACAUGCCAACAGGGUCAUGGCUCGAGAAACCUUCACGUUAGAUGAGGAACCUCCGGCAUUGCCUGGUACUCCGAGAUUACAGAAUACAAGUUUCCUUGCGCUACCGGAGCAGGAUCGGAGAAAUUUCUUGUUACUGGUGUUGCUAUAUUUUCUACAGGGUAUUCCUAUGGGCUUGGCGAUGGGAUCUGUUCCAUUCCUUCUCAAACCACACAUCUCUUAUGGUCAGAUUGGCGUCUUUUCUUUGGCGUCUUACCCAUACUCCCUUAAACUGCUCUGGAGUCCCAUUGUGGACGCAGUCUGGAGCAGACGGCUUGGUCGACGCAAGAGCUGGAUCACACCUGUCCAGUUACUCUCCGGUCUUGCUAUGCUUUAUCUAGCUGGCCGAGUCGAGGCGAUGUUGAACUCGGCCGGAGAGAGCGACGCACACGUAUGGACUUUCACCAAGUGGUGGUUUUUCCUAGUUUUCCUGUGCGCAACACAGGAUAUCGCAGUUGACGGCUGGGCGCUUACACUCAUUUCUCCCCAAAAUAUCUCAUAUGCCUCUACGGCACAGACCGUGGGUCUCACCGCUGGUCAUUUCCUUUCUUAUACUGUAUUCCUUGCACUCAAUUCCCCCGACUUUGCAAACCGGUGGUUCCGGUCAGCAGCAAAUGUCGAUCCAAAUAAUGGGCUUCUCUCACUUAGCGGGUAUAUUGCCUUUGCUGGAUGGUCAUACAUUAUUGUGACCUUUUUACUGUUCUUCUUGAAAAAAGAGGAACGUACCAAGGACAAGGAUGGCAUCAUGGAGGUAUAUCGCAGCAUGUGGAGUGUAUUGAAACUCAAAAACAUCCAGAUGAUCAUCAUUUUGCACUUGAUUGCCAAGAUCGGUUUUCAAGCAAACGAAGCUGUGACCAGUCUCAAACUUAUUGACAAGGGCUUUGGACAAGAUAAUAUGGCACUUGUUGUCUUGAUUGAUUUCCCAUUUGAAAUUGCGCUAGGUUACUAUGCCGGUCAAUGGUCGACCGAAUACACCCCAAUGCGAUUAUGGUGCUGGGCUUUUGUCGGCCGACUCGCCGCUGCAAUUUUCGCUCAGUUCACCGUCAUGAUUUAUCCUGCAGCAUCAACCGUACCGUUCUGGUAUAUAUUAGUUGUCAUUGCGGAACACGUCUUGUCGACUUUUAUGAAUACCGUCAUGUUUGUCGCGGUAUCCGCCUUCCAUGCACGUAUAUCUGAUCCAGCCAUUGGUGGGACUUACAUGACAUUACUAGCGACUGUCUCCAACCUCGGAGGGACGUUCCCCAAAUAUUUCAUUCUCAAAAUGGUCGACAUGUUCACAUCAGCCACUUGCGUACCACCAACCACGACCCCCGACCCUUCAAAAUUGAAAGGUGAUCUCAUCACAUCAUCCUUUUCCUGCGCCCUCGAAGCAGACAAAAACCGCUGUCAAGCCGGUGGCGGACAAUGCGUGGUUGAGCAGGAUGGGUAUUACAUCACCAAUAUGCUUUGUGUGAUUAUCGGCGCUGUCACGUUUUACGUGUAUAUCCGGCCGACAGCACUCAAAUUGCAAGCUUUGCCGCUGCGUGCCUGGAGGGUUAUGGCUGGUUCUGGGAAUGAUAGGUAG